AUGACGUGUGUACCUUUAGCAAAGUGCUUCAAAGACCUGCACAAGUGGGGCCAGUCGCUGGUCCAUGACCUGGCGGUUACUCCCAUAAAGAAUCUGUCGGGAGAACUAGUUAAGUCUGUAAAGAUUGAGAUAAAGCAGCAGACCGAGUUUGAAGAGGCAAAGAUGGAGUGCUGCCAAGGAGAAAGAAAAAAAGCUCCGGAUGCUGUCAAUCAAAAUCCUCGCGUUGAGAACGUCAAUGCGUCGCUGGAUAUCCACAUGGACCGAACUUCGAACGAAAAUUGUCGCUGA